CGAGUUCUGGCAGGGGGAGCGAGAAGCCAAAUAUGUUCCAGCAGCGGAGAAAUGGAAAUGCCAAUACUGCAAAUUUGCUACUGUCUGUCCUCAAACUGAUACUGAAACUGAAUCUCAAUCAAGUGUACAGGGCAGCUGAAGACACGUGACAAGUGCUAGCACUCGUAUUUUCUCCAUUAUAUAGCACCAGUGUAGCUCUCUACCUUUCCUUACACUCACUCAAACAAACAAAGCAAGGAGAAGAAAUGGGAAGGUUAAAAGGUGUAUUGUUGGUGGCACUGGUGGUUUGCUACGCCAUGCAGGUGGUGGUAAGCCAGUCUUAUGAAGAGAGGAGGAGAGAGAGGGAGUUGAUGUCGCCGGAGGAGGAAGAGAGGAGAGCUAAGGAAGAGGAUUGGAGGAGGAGGGAGAAAACGGCGGAGGAGGAGCGUCGACACCGCAGGAGUUGGGAGGAGGAAGAGGAGGAGGAGGAGGAGAGGGGAAGGCGAAAGUGGGAUGAGGACGAGGAGGAACAAGAAGAAGAAGAGAGAGGAAGGCAGCCACGGCCAAAGCCGAGACCGGAACCGUAUCGGCCGGGAGGGAGAGGGGGGGAAGGGAUGUUUGUGUUAAGAGAUUCAAAGAAGGUGAUAAGUACCCAAGCAGGGGAAAUGAGGGUUGUAAGAGGGUAUGGUGGAAAAAUUGUUGAGAAUCCACUUGAUAUUGGUUUUAUUACUAUGGAACCACGUUCACUCUUUGUUCCUCAGUACUUGGAUUCUUCCUUGAUUAUCUUCUUACGUAGAGGUGAAGCAAAACUUGGAUUCAUAUAUGAUGAUGAAUUAUCAGAAAGGCAACUAAAGAUGGGAGAUGUGUACAGAAUACCAGCUGGUUCAACUUUCUAUAUUGUUAACACCGGGGAGACUCAAAGGCUUCAUAUCAUUUGUAGCAUUGACCCCUCCGAAGGCCUGGGUUUCUCUACUUUUCAGUCUUUCUUCAUUGGAGGCGGAACCAAUCCGGUGUCAGUGUUAGCUGGAUUUGAUCCCGAAACUCUUUCCACUGCCUUCAAUGUCUCCAUUGGAGAGUUGAGGGGGUUUAUGACAGGGCAAGAUGCAGGACCAAUCAUAUUUGCUGAUACUACCCAUUCGCCUAGUUUGUGGGCGAAUUUUCUGAAAGUCAAGGGAGAAGAGAGAUUAGAACGUCUAAAGACGGUAGCAGAAUCUGGUGAACAGAAAGAAGAAGAAGAAGAACCCAGGAAGUCUUGGUGGAACAUAUUUGAUUCUCUAAUCGGGAGUGAAAACAAAAAAGGGGAAAAGAAGGGUGAUACACGAACAGGUUCAAGCCCAGACUCAUACAAUCUUCUUGAUCGAGAACCUAGUUACAGAAACAAUUAUGGUUGGAGUAUUGCCGUUGAUAAGCAUGAGUAUAAACCUCUUAAGAAAUCUGGCAUCGGAGUUUACCUUGUCAACCUCACUGCGGGGUCAAUGAUGGCACCCCAUGUAAACCCCAUGGCAACAGAAUACGGCGUCGUAUUAUCCGGGGUUGGAACUAUCCAAGUUGUGUAUCCUAAUGGUACAUCAGCAAUGAAUACCAAUGUAAAAGAAGGUGACGUAUUUUGGAUCCCGAGAUACUUCCCGUUCUGUCAGAUUGCUUCUCGAUCUGGUUCGUUUGAAUUCUUCGGGUUCACAACCUCAGCACAUAGGAAUCGGCCUCAGUUCUUAGUAGGUGCGAGCUCUAUAUUGAGAAGCAUGCGAGGUCCAGAAUUUGCUACUGCUUUUGGUCUGACAGAGGACAGGUAUAAUGAGAUAGUAGAUGCUCAGAGAGAGGCUCUCAUACUACCGUCUCCAUCUGCUGCUUCAGGUGAUACGAGGGAGUUUGAGGAGAAGGAACAGAGCUCACAGGAAAAGAAGCCGGAAUCUAAAGAGCAGGAGAAGGAGAAACCGGGGAUCGAAAAGGUGCCCAAGUUUAUGAGGACCUUAGGUCCUGAAAUGAUCAUGGGCUUCGAGUAACCUGGAGAUGCUGUAUUUAUAAUGUUUCUGUACCUAAGUUUUGCUUUUGCUAUGUUGUGUAAAUUUUGGUGCUUCUCCGAUUAAGCUUUUGUGUAUGAGUUAGUAUAAUAAAUUUCAGACAAUUUGUUUCUUGUUU